CAGCUCUACGUCUAUAUGUAUGUCUGUCCUCCUUCCUUCGCUGCUCUAGAGCCGCCACCUCUGUAUUCUAUCUUUCCGUCAAAAGACGGCAUUUUCCACUGUUAAAAUAACUGUUUUCGUAUUUUAUGAAAAUACAGGGAGUUUUCUGAACAAAAAAAAAAUUAUAUAAUAUAUGAUUUAUAUAUAUAUAUAUAUAUAUAGACAAAUAAUAAUUUCAAAUUUGUUAUUCCACUACCGCUAAAUUUUAACAGUUGCGUAUACAUAUCUGUAUGACUGUGCGUGUGUCAAUACAUAUAUAGAUAUACAUAUAUAUAUAUACAUAUAGCUUUGUAUAUAACAAUAUAUAUAUAUACACACACAUACACAAACACGCAUAUAUAUAUAUAUAUAUAUAUAUAUAUAUACACACACACACAUUUAUAUAUAUAUACACAUUUAUAUAUGAGAUUAUGUAUGUAUAUGUGUGUAUAUAUGAGCAAGUGUAUGUGCGCUGCGAUGAACUGAAGGUCACAUCAGAAUCGUAGUUAUGCCUUGGCUACUAACACACCGCUUUCCAUAACAACCCGGCACACACGCACACACAUGUAUCGCUGUAUACAUCUGCGCACGCGCGCUUCUGUGUAUGUCUGUAAAUAUACAGUUUUACUCCUGUCACAUGUAUACAUUCUGAACGUCAGUAUGUAUAACAGUGUGUAACCCGUCUUGGUUCCUGUAGUGAGUUAUAUACAUAUAUAUAUACACACGAAAACAAUAUAGUAUAUAUAUAUUUAUAUUUAUCUAUAUUUAUAUACACAAACCUGGACAUAUAUAUAUAUAUAUAUGUAUGUGUGUGUAAAUAUAUAUACAUACAUGUAUAAAUAUAUUUUUAAUUUUUCCUUGUCACCGAUAAAAUAUCUAGCAGAAGCCUCUUGGAUCGGUGCCAUGCUUGAGAAAAAUUAAACUUCAUAAAUUGCUUUCCAAGAAUGGAUAAUAAACAAAGCAUUAGGUUGAUUCAACAAUGGAAUUGAUUUCUUCUUCACUCGCGCUACAGUGAAUACAAGUGGUAGCUAUAUCAUUCAGUGAAUAUCCAUAUUUUUGUACGGCUGUCGUAGAUAUUAGCAGCACAAUGCCAAAGAGAAAGCUAGAAGGUGACUUCUGUUCAGAAUCUCAAAGCGGUCUGAUGGCUCUCGCUUUAGAUGUUACUCCUCCCCAAUCUGAGAUUGAUGAAAGCAGUAGCUUCAGUGCUAUCACAGAUAGCAGUGUGGAUGUACCUUUUUCUGAGCCAAGAAGCAAGCGUCAAAAGAAAUCUGUCAAUUUUGAUAAAGUGACAGUGUUCUAUUUUCCUCGUACUCAAGGUUUUACCUGUGUACCUAGCGAAGGUGGUUCCACAUUAGGUAUGUCUGGCAAUCAUUCUUAUGUGGAAGACUUUACUCUACCUGGUUAUGCCAAAGAACAAAAACGAAUUCACAAGUUGAUACUCAAAGAACAGCAGCAGAAUGGUAAAAUUAUUCCCCCAAGUCGUGUUGCUUUUUUGCGAUCCGUUGAAGAGGAUAGUGACUCAGCUUCAGAGUCUGAAAGUGACAUUGAAGUUGACGAGUAUUUUUUCUUGCAACCAGUACCAAUCCGCCAGCGCCGGCUAAUGCUUCGAGCAGCUGGUGUACGUAAGAUUAACAGCCAAGAAAGAGAUGAAUGCCGACAAAUUCGGCAAUCACGUGAAAUCUGUGGCUGUCAAUGUAAAGUGUUUUGUGAUCCAGAAACCUGUUCUUGUAGUUUAGCUGGGAUCAAGUGUCAAGUUGACCGGCUCUCUUUCCCUUGUGGCUGUAGUAAGGAUGCCUGUGGGAAUAUUGCCGGUCGAAUUGAAUUCAACCCGAUACGGGUUCAGACUCACUUUAUUCACACGUUAAUGCGGAUUGAGCUGGAAAACAAGGAAAAAGAAUUGCAUCCGGUCCUUACACAUAAAUCUAACUCAGAAGAUUGUAGUGAUAUCAAAAAUACCAAUAUUGACUUGACAGAAUUUAAUAGCAACGAACGAGGCAGCUGUCGUGACUGCCAAAAUUCAGAGGUUUGUCAGGUGAUGAUGCAUGAAGCCCAGUACGCAUCAAUGGAGGCAGAGCACCAUCAGCAGAAUGCUAUCCAACAUUUUAACCAUCAACAUCAGUAUAAAGAUCUGGAGAGUUUACAAGCCAAUGGCCAUGUUGAUGCUCUUCCUCGUGUUCUACUAUUUAAUGAUAGUGAUGAUGAGAUGUAUAAUACAGAAAAUGCUUCUUUGUAUGGCUUUAAACAAGACGAUAGUUCAUAUUCCGAAACCAGUGAGUGCUCAAGUGAAAGCAGUGUCAACUUUGAUGGCAAUGAUUAUCAAAAGACUUAUCAGAGCUUGUCCUCUUUCGACGAGGAAACUAACCAAGAGUAUUGUGCUAGUGGCUCAAAUGGGAUUAAUGACAAUUCCCAUUGCCACCAACAACAGCAGCAGCAAAUUCAGCAUCAACAACAACAACAACACCAUCUUAAUAACAAUAUCAACGCCAAUAACAAGCUACAUUGUCACCAACAACACUUCACACUCAAUGGUAAUCUUCAUAAUGGAGAAACUAAUAAAUAUAUUCAGUUGAAUAAUUCGACAUCUGCUUCUUCAGUCUACAAACUGGAACCUGUGUCACAUCUGAUGAACCCAUUAAACAGUCACACAUUUGACAGCCAGUCAACACAACCGUCAAGUCAGUCUGCUAAUAGUUGGUCAGAUGACCAAUCACGUUCUAUAAACCCGACUCCUUUUUUUGAUGAACCCAUUUCCAUAUACGCAUCAUUGACUGACACUACAACCGAUCAACUGGCCACUAACUGUCCAGCUAUCUCCUCACAUAUGAACAAUUACAACAACCACCAUUCUGAAUUCAACCACCACCAAGGGCAAAAUAUGUCAAAACUACGUAACAUGCACAACCAUUCUAAUGGGGCUUACAAUGGCUAUAGUAUAGAUGAAUCUCAUACAGGGGCAUCACCUGGAAUCUCGUCUGAACAGUCUCUCAUGUCUUUCUAUCCAUCUAACUCAGAUUCCAGUUUACUAACAUCGUCCAAUGGCAACCCAACAUCGGUGCCAUCUAGUACAGAAGAUAUGCAGCUGUUUUCUGAGCAGGAUAGUUGCUCUAGUGCAUUCCAAGAUAAUAGUUGUUCUACUUUCAAAACCAACAAGGACUCUUCAUGUUUUCAGCAUAAUGACUCUGGAGGUCAAAACUUUGGGGAAAUCAUAAAAGAAUCAAUAGUUGAAACUGUUUCUGCUUAAUAAAGGCAUAGAAAGUUCCAUAGUUGCCUUAAAAAGAGACUGUUUAAAGAUUCUUUGAAAGGACAAAGUUUUAUUGUAAAGAUGUGUAAAAUAAAAUGCUGGAAGAAAAAUGAAAAUAAAUAUAAAGACAAAAACAGAUAUUAAACAAAAAUAAAAUUGUUAUUCUUUGAGGACAAAUAAAAUAUAAUUAUAUUGAUUAAAAUAUAUGGUAUCAGAUGUGGGAAUGGGGUUUGUUGAGACUGAGUCAAUAGUUAAAGAUCUACUCUGAGUGAAUAAAAAAAAAUAAUAAUCACUAAAAUGAGUAACUGACUGAUUGAAAGACUCCGAAUAAACUGCUGAAGUUAGAAUUUACUGUUAAGACCAUUUAACUUUCAUUGAAAUAUUUUACAACAAAUACGUCACACACACACAUAUAACGCCAUAGUUCUGUACUCACAUGUGGUAAACAAAAUCAUAAAACUCCAUAAUGCUGUGAAUGUGGAUGGAAAUUGCUCCUCCUCUUUUCAUUCAUUCUUUCUCUCAAUAAUACUCAUGCACACAUUCUCACCCAUGUUCUCGACGCUCCUACAUUCAUCUGUCUUAUUUCUAUUUUUAUUUUAUAGCUUCACAAUCAGAAUCUCAUUAAUGCCCCCCCCCCCACCUCCUUAUUCUCUCUCUCUCUCUCUCUCUCUUAGAGUAGGUAAAAAAUUAUGCCAGUCACUAUCGAGAAAGGGUUGUGAUGAGAGGAAUCGGUUUGCGAUCUGACAAUUACAGUUUGUGUAAAAAGGAGGAUAGAAAUAAAAAUGAGGCAUAGUUGCAAAAUUGUUUACAUUUCAUAAUUUAUGGAUUGUGUAAUAUCCCAUCAGCCCGUCUGAUGCUGUAGUUAACAUCCCUCUUACUUUACCUUUGUCUCUCAAUCAUUCUCAUUCCUUGUCUUCUCUUUCUAUCAAUUUCCCUAUCCCUACUUUUAGUCUUCCUCUUGCUCCCUCUCUCCCUUUCUCUGUCCUUCCUUCUCUCUUGUCCCCUACUCUUAUACUCUCCUCGUUUCCGCCUCUACUUCGCUGAUCCACCAGUCUACUUCAUACACACAUACACACACACACUUUGUCCUGUCCUUCCCUUUCCAAUCUCCCAAACCAGUUUUGUUUAUAGCACCAUAAGCUCCAAGAUAAACAAUCCUGGACUCCAUAUCAUUGCCAUUCACAAUCACCUCAUCCUUUGACCAAUCACAGUUCCCAUCAUAUCAAUGGAAUUCCUCAUAUACAUCUAAACAAUCCGUUCAACCCUUUUCCCAAACACAUUUCGUGUGUGUGUGCGUGCAUGCAUAUAUUCUCAUUUGUAUAUGCAUGCAUGCUCAUGUAUGUAUAUUCAUGCAUCCAUGUGUGACAGCUCUCUAUUCACACUUACUUUUGCCUUUCUUACCUUCUUUUACUCCUAUUCAUACCUCUCUCUCUCUCAUAUUCCCCUCUCUGCUCUCACAUACUGUCCCUUCUUUCACCAUUUCCCUAUUUAUUCCUCAUUAGUCUCUAUUCCCCUCCUCACCACACAAUCAUUUUAGCUUCUAUAUUCUAUAUAAAAAGAGAGAAAAAAAACAUAAUAUAACGUUUAACAAAGAAAUUAAUUUUUUCAAAUACAUUCAAGAAAAAUAGAUUUUAAAGAGAAAAAACUUUUGUUUGUUUUUUUUUUAAACAUGUAAACAAAAUACGUGUGUGUGUGUGCAUGUACACAUACAUGCACACACAUGCAUCAACAUAAACAUACUUUUAAGUAUUUUAUUGAAUGUGAAAAAUAAAAGGAACACCCCCAUUCCAACCCUUGUUUAUGAGAACCUGCCAAAACUCUUCAUUGUCUCAUUGAAUGCUUUUGUUUUAUUUUUUAUUGUUUUUGUUUUUUUACCCUUUGUUUCAGUUUUUCCCAAAUAAUUAUUACAUAGCGGAACCAGUAACUAUAGUUAUUCCUUGUCUUAGUUCCCAACUGCUGUACAUCUCUGUAUUCUUUGAAUCUUAGAACUUUGCCAAACUACUUGUUCUCUGCAUUCAAUUACUCCUCCAACACUUUUUUUUUUCCUUAUGUUCUUAAUUCCAUAGAUUUAAAAUGAAUUUAUUAAAAAACUAUCGGGAUUGAUAUGAUCAACAUGCCCUUACCUCAACAUUUCAGGCCUUGUGCUUAAUGCUGCAUAGAGCUGGCCGAAUUGUUAGCAUACCAAACAGAAUACUUCAUGGCAUUUCUUUUGGCCUUCUGUUCUGAAUUCAAAUUCCACCGAGGUCAACUUUGUCUUUCAUCCUUUUGGGGUUGAUAAAAUGAAGUAACUGAGCGACAGGGUUGAUGUAACUGACUAGUCUCCACCCACAAAAAUUUCAGGCCAUGGGUGCUAUAGCAGAAAGGAUUAUUAUUAUUAUCAAGGUGACAAGCUGGCAGAAUCAUUAACUUGGCAGGCAAAAUGCUUAGCGACAUUUUGUCCACCUUUAAGAUCUGAGUUCAAAUUCUGCAGAGGUCAGCUUUGCCUUUCAAAUCCUUUUAGGGUUGAUAAUAUAAGUACCAAAAUUUGAAACCAUUAUUAUUAUUAUUAUAAUUGUUUGAGAGUAGCACAUGCCAUUAAGUUACAUGAAGCCCAAUAUACCCAUCAUGACUACCUAUUUGAUAAGGGUACACCAGGCACAUGCAUCAACUAUAUGUGCAUCGCAUGAUGAUACAUAUCAAGAUAAAAAAAGCGCAUGGCUUUGCAGGUGGGGUCCAGUUAGAAUUUUCUUCAGGUCGAGUAGCCCAUCCCACUCAAAAAGUCCUUGAAUAAGCUUUAAGGAUGAUGAACAAAAUACCCAUCUUUUCAGAGGUUAAUUAUUCAAAUCCCAAAGAAUUCUUUUCAACACAUGGGUUAUGAUGCUCUCCCAUUACUUCUGCUUGAUCAGAGAUGCACAUAUUGUCAACCACUAAGGAACAUGCUCAACUCGUUAAGGUCAAGACUGACAAGCAAAUCAGAAUAUUUGUUGUAGCCCAUUUUUUAAUUCCAAAACAAAACAUGUACAUGAUAGCACUUCCAAUCAUUUAAGAUCAAAAGCCAUGAGAGCUAUUGCCUGGUACUGCAUCAGAGCAUUUAUUAUUAUUAUUUAAGCUACUAAGCAUGUGAAGGCACAUGGUUCAGUGGUUAGAGUGUUGAGCUAACGAUCGUGAGGUUGUGAGUUCGAUUCCCAGACCAGGCUGCAUGUUGUGUUCUUGAGCAAGACACUUUAUUUCACGUUGCUCCAGUUCACUCAGCUGUAGAAAUGAGUUGCAACAUCACUGGUGCCAAGCUUUAUUGGCCUUUGCUUUUCCCUGGGAUGACAUCGGUGGCAUGGAGAAGGGAGGCUGGUAACCAUGGGUGACUGCUGGUCUUCCAUAAAAACAACCCUUGGUUGUGUGUUUGCCGGUGAGGCGACUUUCCACCUAGACUUGUAACCCAGUGGGGAACCUCUUAGGUGCACCCAUGGGUAUUCAUGACCGACAAGCUGACAGAAACAUUGGAACAUCAGAAACAAUGCUUUGUGGCAUAUGUUUCAGCACUUUACAUUCAGUUCAGAUCCCACCAAGAUCAACUUUGAUCUUCAGCUCUAAUGAGUUGAUAAGAUAAUGUACCAGUCAAGUAUAGGGUGGAUGAUAUUGACUAACUCCUCCUCCUUUUUCAAAAUUACUGCCCUUGUGUCUAAAUCAGAAGUCAUUAUCAUUUAUUAUUAUUUAGUUGAAUUUUCUGUUCUGAGAUCCUUUUAUCCUGUAGUGUUUGGCAGGGUCAAUAAAGAUAAAGAACCAGUCCUAUAGUGGAGUUGAUAUCAGCUGUUCCCUCAACCAAUUGUGUGACCUUGUGCUUUUGUUAGAAAUCCUUGAUAUUGGUUUCAAAUUUUGGAACAAGGUCAAAAUGUUCAGAGGAGAGAUAAGUCAAUUACAUUGACCCUGAAAGGAUGAAAGCCAAAGCUGACUUUGGCAAAAUUUUAAAUCGGAACAUAAAGACAGGCAAAAUGUCAAUAAGGGUUUUACCUGAUGUGAUAAUGAUUCUUCCUGCUCAUCACCUUAAUAUUGGUUCACAUUUGUGUUCAGUGUUGGUGUUGACAACUUGAAAAUUCAAAUGUCUCUUCCCAUCAUGCAUCAUUCAAAAUAUUUCUCUAAGAACAUUACCAUUUCCAAGUGAUGCUGAUGUUUAUCUCUCGUUGUUUGUUGCUUGUUAUUAUUUAUAGUUGUUUGAAGUAGACGGGAAGCUAUUUUUUCAGAAUUAGUUUCAGAGCCAUAAAUAACUAUUAUUUGUACCACACUCAUCGUCCUCUAUCACAUUUUUGAAUACUUGGCAAUAUAAUGGUCUCCAAGUAUAGCACCAUCAAUAAUAAAACAAUCAUUCAUUUGCUUCUUUAUUGACAAUCAAAUCAGGUUUUAUGUGUUUCAUGUAUGACUCAGUCUGUUUAUAUGUUAACAUCACAAGAAUUUUUUUUUUUUUUUGCCAUUCAUUCUGCAUCCUAGUGCCCCUUUGAUUUCACGAUGGUAUCCUCCAUAAACCCAUUUUGUCAGCAUAGAUUCCAAUGGUGAUUGGAAUACACUCUGUCUUAGUAGCUUUUUUAAUACUUCCUUGCAAGCAUUCAAGUAUUUUGUAACCUCUGACAUGUGAUUAACAUUUCCAUCUUUACGUGCAAUGCUGACUUCGGUAAAAGUCUCUCAGGUCUUGUCAUAGGCCCUAGGACUCAUAAAGGUGGAGAACCUGGUUUCCAGGGCAUAUAAUUGAUUAAGAUCACAACAGUCCCUCCUGGAUGGGACACUGGUCCAUCAUGAUUAACUUCCCACUCAAAGUUGAGUGGACUAGAGCGAAAGGAAAUAAAAGUAUUUUGCUUAAAAACACAAUGCAUCGCCCAGCCUGGGAAUCAAAACCACAAUCUUAUGAUUGCGAGUCCAAUACCCUAACCACUACGCUGCAUUCCUUCACAAAAGUCUCUUAGAUGUAAAUACCAUUCUUCACUGAGUUUUGCAUUGAGUGUUGGAUUUUGAGCUGCUUCCGAAAAAGUUGUAUUUCCUUCUUCAAAUCUCCUUUGCAAAAUCAAUUUCAGGAUUCCUUUCUCUUAAAACUUUUGUUUCUCUUUGAAAGUAUCCAUGAUGUGGCAUGUUUUCUUUUGUCUCUAAACCCUUCUUUUUUUGUUUCUAAUUGUACUUCAUAUUGUACAUUAUGUCUCAUGUUAUUUCUGUCUAGAUCAACAGCAGGUGCCACAUACACAGGUGUAACAUUUCUUUAUUUUUUAUAUAUAAUAAAUCUAGGUUUCUUCUUUUAUUCACUGUACAUUUCUUUUUUUAACAUUUAUUAAACUCCCUCCAGAUUUUCUUCUCAUUGGAAUGAAGUCUUACAAAAUGAAUCAUGGAUGAAGAAGGUUGCCAUACUUUGCUAUGAUAACUCUAGUAACCCCAUCUAUACUAUCUAACUAUUCAAUUCUACUUUUGACUAAAUAAUAAUAAUUUUAUUAUAUCACACAGUCCUGUUAUUGAAUGGACCAAGUCUUCAAGCAUUCAACUUUGUUUUGAAAAUAGUGUUAACCUCCUACCCUCUCUCCAUAUAUAUAAGAGCUAUCCUCUCAACAUCACUUAUUUGUUUUCGUGGGUGUUUAUAUUUCAUGACCAUUUUACAUGUUUUCAUUGUUAGCCUAGCACAUUGUUAUCUUCAGUGCAGGCAUCAGUAGCUUCAAUAAGAGUUUGAUUGUUCUUCAUCUUGAUCAAAGAUCUUAAGAUUAUUCACGAACAAAAGGUGACUGAGCUCAGAGCUAUCCUUUCAAAGUUUAUAUCCAAUUCCACUAUCAUAUAAAGUCAUUGAUAAUGGAAUUAAGGCAAAUGAGGAGAAAAGCAGUUCCACUGUGAUGUUAUGACUCUCUUCGACAGAUCCAAUGUACUCAUUAUCUGCCUCCACCAUGACAUACUUUAUGAUGUUGAGUCAAUUUGGCUGCUAGAAAUAGCAACCAAGUCUCUUGAAUCACACACUGCUGUCUUCAAAAGAAAAACCAACUGUAAGAUAUAUUAGAUAAUGUAGCCUGAAUAAACAAGGUGGUCACAUCGAGAAUGCUUUUUGAUCAUUGGUCUGUUCAAUCAGAGUUGACCUGGGGUUAAACACCAUCUUGAUGACUGAAUUGAUGAUAAUACCAAGCAUUUUGAGGUUGUCUGUAAUCCAGGAGUAUGGAAUUAUAUAUUAUGCUUUCUAAAGAAUCAAUCCCAGUUUUUAUAAGCUUUGUUAGUCAUAUAUUUCUCAUCACAAUUGUGCCAAUUAAAGGAUGGACUAAUGUUUUAACUACAAAUUUUUCCAUAAAGAAAUUCAAACGUUUUGAGUUGCUAAUUGCCAGUCAUAUGUUCUUUACAUACAUUCUUCAUUAUCAGAGUUGUUCUUCUCUGUAGAGUUCUAUAAGGCAUUUAGUUUCCAUUCACACUAUGUUUGUUUGCAAAAACCAUCUGAAGAUGAAAUAUUUCAUCUAAUACCUUUGUAUACCACUAGAUCCAUGAACUUCCCAUUUCGAUAUAUCUUUUACUCUUCUUGCUAGAGUGUACUCACUUGUCUUUUGACAGACUUCAUCCAUCAUGCAUUAUUGUUGUUUCCCAUAGCUCUGACCAGAGUACUGAGCUCAUUUGGAGAAACAAUAUCUUGAAGAAUUGAUUUUAAGAAUAUAUAUUACAGAAAUGUGUGCAUUUUUGGCCAAGAUGGCUGAUUUCUAUAAGACAGGGUAAUAGUUAACUGAAACAAUCCAGUCUGCUGUAGUUAAAUGUUAUCAACUGCGUGAAGAGAACAAUCUGCUCUGUUUGAACUGUAUUAUUCUCUUAGAAUAUUUCAUCACCUUGUUGACUUCAGCUAUCAGUCACAGCUUGAUUUCUUCCAGUGCGAGUAGGAAAACCUUUUCUAUUUGGUGUUAUAUUUUGCUUCUUAUAAUGUACAUUAUUCAGCAUACUUUUAAACCCCUACCAAACUCAUACCAUCACUCACUUCUAUUAAGAUUUUUCCAAAGUAUUUUUAUGACAUUUUCCAGCCUUCUCUUCUACCUUGCCAAAUUUCAUUCUUUCCUGUUUCACAUCACUUUACUCAGCAAGGCAAACCAAAAUUCAAAUCAUCCAUUUAGUGUUUGUGAUAUUCUGUGUUAGAAAGUGUGUCAGCCUUAGCCUUGAGAGUUAAUGUAUUGGAGGCUAAGUAGUCCCUGCAGGUUUCUCUUUGUUAUAUUCACCCUAAUUUUCUAGUUCCUCCUCUUGUUUCUGUUGUCUCUAUGCCAAUCUCAAUAUGGUUGUCAAUAUUUUAAAAAUUAUCCGGUGUAUUUAAUGAUUCACUUGUUUUGUUUGUAUCUGGAGCUUGAUUUUGCUGGGAAUUUUUUGUUCCUGCUUCUACAUUUGUGUCAUUUGAUGGCUGUCUUAAUUACAUGAACACGAUUUUUUCCUAUACAUCUAGUGUUGUCCUAAGAUUUCCUUUUCCUUGUAAUUAGCCUUGUAUAGAACAUUUAAUGGCUCUCUAACUCCAGUCAUUUUACCAUGUAUGUAUGCAUAUAUAUAUAUAUAUACCAUUUUAUUUUAUACUCUGUAUAACAGUCUCUCAAGGUGAGAUACAUGCUCCACUAAUGGCGCAUUAGUUGUUGGCACUCCGUCGCUAACGACAUCGAGGGUUCCAGUUGAUCCAAUCAACGGAACAGCCUGCUCAUGAAAUUAACGUGCAAGUGGCUGAGCACUCCACUGACACGUGUACCCUUAACGUAGUUCUCGGGGAUAUUCAUCGUGACACAGUGUGACAAGGCUGACCCUUUGAAUUACAGGCACAACAGAAACAGGAAGUAAGAGUGAGAGAAAGUUGUGGUGAAAGAGUACAGCAGGGUUCGCCACCAUCCCCUGCCGGAGCCUCGUGGAGCUUUAGGUGUUUUCGCUCAAUAAACACUCACAACGCCUGGUCUGGGAAUCGAAACCACGAUCCUAUGACCGCAAGUCUGCUGCCCUAACCACUGGGCCAUUGCGCCUCCACGGCGCAUUAGUAACAAGUAAAUUAAAGCUUGCUUUGUGUGUGUGUGUAUCACCCAGUACACUCUAUAAUGUGGUAGAUGUUUGGAAGGGCAUCCAGCCAGAAAACAUUCCAAAGCAGACAUCGGAGCUUGGCAUAGUCCUUUGUCUUGCCAGAUCCUGUCAAACUGUCCAACUCAUGUCAGCAUGGAAAAGAGACAUUAAAUCAUGACUAUGUUCGGUUCAUUUAUGGUGAGCUCUGUAACAAAAAGAGUUGAGAAACACUUCUAUUGUAUACAUUGCUUUGUCUGUCAGUCAGUAUUAUCACAACAUGGUUGUUCUCUCUCUUCAAAAUUGGUCAAUUGUGAUAUUUUCACUUCCACUGUUUUUUAAAUCAACAAUUAAUGAUUGUCAUGAGCUGAAAGCAUUUUUUUACAAGGGCUUUCCUUCCUUCCGGGAGCUUUUAUCUUAACUGCCAUCCAAAAUGAAUGCUGUUGGAACUUUGCUUUGCAGAUCCCAGCAUUUUAAUUGACAUCACUUACCUUCCAAUAAUUUAGUUAUGUUCCAUAUUAAUCUAUUAUUUCUUUUCUAUUUCUUAUGUUUUUAGAAUCUAUUUUUAUUUAGUUUCAAAUAAAAUAUCAAAGUCCCUAAAAUGUUGGGGAAUAUAUAGUGUACAUCAUGUCUAAGACUAAUAUGAUUACUCUUAGUGUAUGUUGAUAUACAUUAUUGGGAAGUUGCUGUUAAAAUAUGGUUGCUUAGAGGGUUAUUAGUUCUAUAAUCAAUGUUUCACCUGCUGUUUACUUAAGUUGCUUCAUUUUUCAAUUGUUGUUAUUUUCCUCUAGUCUUUUGGUUAUUUUUCAUGUUCAGUUGUUGUGGUCCUUUAUUAUUAUUAUUAUUAUUAAGGUGGCGAGCUAGCAUAAUUGUUAGCAUUCCAGACAAAAUGCUUAGCCGCAUUUCAUUCGUCCUUGUGUUUUGAGUUCAAAUUCCACCGAGGUCGACUUUGCCUUUUAUCCUUUCAGGGUCGAGGAAAUAAGUACCAGUUGAGCACUGGGGUCGAUGUAAUCGACUAUCCCCGCUCCCUCAAAUUUAAGGCCUUGUACUUACUGUAGAUAGGAUUCUUAUUAUUGUUAUUAAAGGCUGCGAGUUGGCAGAAUCGUUAGCACACUGGGCAAAAUGCUUAGCAGUAUUUCACCCAUCACUACAUCCCGAGUUCAAAUUCGUUGAGGUUAACUUUGCUUUUCAGGGUCGAUGUAAUCAACUCAUCCCCACCUCCCCCAAGUUGCCCUUGUGGCAAAAAUUUGAAAUAAUAAUAAUAAUAAUUAUUAUUAUUAUUAUUAUUAUUAUUAAAGCAACAAGUUGGGUGAAUUGUUAGCAUGCCAGGCAAGAUCCUAAGUAGCAUCUCUUCAGGCUUUAUGUUCUGAGUUCAAAUUCUGCCAAGGUUGACUUUACAUUUUAUUCUUUUAAAGUUGAUAAAAUAAAGUACCAAUUGAUCAUUGGGAUUGGUGUAAUUGACUAACCUCACUUCCUGAAAAUUUCAGGCCCUGCAUCUAUUGCAGAGAGAAUUAUUUUUAAGAAUCAUUAUCAAGCUGGACAAAAUGCUUAGUGGCAUUUCGCUUUUCACCUUCUGGAAUCAAGGAUGCAAACAUUGAGGGGCAAGCCAAACAUCUCAUGCCCAUGAUAAAAUGUAUUUUUGCUUCAUAAGGAAGUUUAGGUUCUUCUCAUUAUUAUUUUCAAAUUCUGUUAUGGUCAACUUUGCUUUUCAUCCUUUCGGGGUUGAUGAUAAAUUAAGUACCAGUGAAACAUGGGUUGAUGUAAUCAACUAUCCCCCUCCCCCAAAUUUCAGGCCUUGUGCCUAAGGUAGAAAGGAUUAUUACCUCCGCCUUAGUGAAAGCAGAGGAUUGUUUUCAGUCAUGUUUGUUUGCCCAUGGACAAGAUAUCUCCAGAACCACCAGAUGGAUUUAGAUGAAACUUUCAGGGAUGUUUGGCUUCAUGACUGGCACAAACUGAUUAGAUUUUGGGAUCGAUCUGGUACUGGACAAGGAUUCUGGAUUAUUUUUCCUGUUUUUUUUUUGAGAGCAGUCUGGUUCAUUUUUAGUAUUCUUGUUUGUGAGAGCAGUCGAGUUUAUUUCAGAUAUUCUCAUUUUAAAAUUCAUCUCUGGCUAAUCGUUGAGAAGACAUUGGUGUUGCCUUGGUGGAGGUUUGCACUCUCUGAAUGCUCUUGUUAUUAUUACUAUUAUUAAGGCAGUUUGCUGGCAGAAUUGUUAGCAUGCCAGGCACGUUCAGAGUUCAAAUUCCACCAAGGUCACCCUAGCCUUUCAUCCUUUUGGGGAUGAUUAAAUAAGUACCAGUUGAACACUGGGAUUUGAUGUAAUCGACUUCCUUCUCCCAAAAUUGCUGGUUUCGUGAUGGAAUUCAAAAUUAUUAUUAUUGCAGUCUGUUUAUACAUGCCUGUAAGUUUUCAUGACUACAACAGAGAAGCAGCAUGGCAAACUUUGUCAAAGUGAGACAAACCACUGUUGUUUUGGGAUAAGUACCAGUAAUGUACUCGGGUCAAUUUGAUCAACUAUACCCCUUGCUCUUUCCUAACAUGUGGAGUUUCUUCCACCACCAAAUCCCCCCCCCCUGCUCUCUCUCUCUCCUACUGAAGCAGCCAUGUAUCAAAGCCACCUCCUUCAAUACUAAUUGCUCUCUCAGUUGAGGGAUCUUGUCUUGUAAGCUAUUUGGUUACCUCACCGCUGCUGGUGCCUCAUAAAAAGCACUCGAUACACUGUAAAAUGGUUGAUAUUAAGAAGGGUAUCCAGCCAUUGGAAACAUGCCAAAGCCGACAGUCAAGCUUGGUGCCGUCUUUUGACUUGCCAGCUCCUGUCAAACCGGCCAACCCAUGACAACAAGGAAAAUGGAUAUUAAAUGAUGAUGAUGAUGAUAAAUGGCAAAUCAUACUGAACAGAGAUGAUAACCUUCUGGUGAACUAAGUUUGCUAGCCAGUUUCUCUAAUCCUAAUUGAAACCAUUUCAAUUUACAUAGCUAAUGUCCUUAAGAGAGACAUGACCAUGACAGCAUACUAUUACCUCACUUCUCGAAAAUCCUUAGUCUUAAUGACACCUAAAAGAAACAAUUAUUGUUAUCAUUUUUUUUUUUUUUUUUAAAUAAAAGAUCUGUUAUCCUUCCACCAGUUAUAAAAACAAAAAUAAAUGCAAUCUAACAAGUUAUUGUUACAGAAGCCUAUUAAUGAGAAAUCUGACAAACUCAGCUAUUUUACUCAUUGCUUCUUUUCCAAACCAUAAUUCCACCCAAGCCGCUUUGUGUAUGUGUGUGUGUGUGUGUGUGUAU